CGCCCAUCGGGAGUGGUCGUGUUGCUUUUCGCUAAAACACCGCGCCAAAAUUACGCACGAAAACUUUUAUCACAUAAAUUUGCGAUUUUAUCGAGUUUUAUUCAAUAAAAAACGUUGAAAUUCUUCAGGAAGUUGAUUUAUUUGGUGUUAUAAUGGAUAUAAGUUUGAAUUAAAAGUGAUUUUAAGUGAAAUGUUCGUGUAAAAGUUCAGUAGAUUGGACCGUGUCAACGGAUCGACAGAUUUCAAAAUGGAGCUAAAAUCACCAAAAGCGAAGAAAAAGCUACCACCUGUUUUAUCGUGGAAGAAAAUGUUGCGUACUCCUAUACUGCUGCUGUUGCUCCUCGGCUCAAUAAACUGUGACAGUGACAGUGACAGUGACGUUGACAUUGACAUUGAAAUGUCAAAUUCUACCCAUAGACUAAACAGUUUCAAAUUGAGGCACCGGCAUGGACCUAUGCCUAAUACUAAGUCAAAUGGUACUGUAGUGGAUAACAAACGGAUUUUAAGCGAGAUUAGGUAUUUAAGGCGGCAUUUAAAUAAGGAAAUGGUGAAUUUUGUGAUGACUGACGUUCUAGUGGACGGUGAGAUUGAGAAUCGGAUACAUUUCAACGGAGUCACUGCGAAGGAGACUUUUGUUAGUGCUGAUGGAAGCGGCCUGAAACUCCGUCAGCUGACCGAUGGCCGCCAUCUUGUGCAAGUCAUAUACACACCAAAUGGCGUCCUUCAGGACUGCGAAUACUUAUCAGAGCCAAAAUCAGCGAGAAACUUCAUUAAAACAUUAAGAAAAGAACUAAAAUUAGCGUUAGACGAAGAAAGUUAUAGGUUACUAGAAAAAACCCCGCGGAAUUACGAAGAGGAGCGAUAUUACCGCCAUUUUGGAAAUGUGACGUUUCGGAUUUUAAAAAAUGGCGAAAAGUUACCACCAGAUGUCGCUAGUUGGUUCAACUAUGACAGAUUAAAAACGGAAUGCUUUGAAAAGCACGAAGAAUUAACUUUUAUGAUGGAAAACAGGAAUAAAGUCAGCGAAAACAGCUUGCAAAGGUCGCGCAGAUCACUCAGGGAGAAUUUCAUAAUGCCCGGGACGAAAUGGUGCGGCGCAGGGCAAUUGGCGGAGACUUACACCGAAUUGGGGCCCGAUAGGAACGAAGAUCGGUGCUGUAGAGCACACGAUAACUGUCGGAUGAACAUUGGAGGUUUUAAGCGAAGAUUCGGCUAUUUCAACGUCAUGCCGUUCACGAUCUCGCACUGCCGCUGUGACAGGAGAAAAAAACGCGACUCCAUGGAGCUCCUACGGGUUCCGGGGACGAAAUGGUGCGGCAAAGGAUACUCGGCCACGAGAUACUCACAGCUCGGAGGCUACACGAGAACUGACAGAUGCUGCAGGGUGCAUGAUCUAAGGUGCCCUUUCUGGAUCGGCGGCGCGGAGAAGAAAUAUGGUCUCUACAACUGGCGUGUCAACACGCUUAUGCACUGUCGCUGUGAUGAGAGGUUUCGGGCAUGUCUCAAGUUGGCCGACACGUCGGUAUCCAACAUGGUCGGGAAGCUAUUCUUCAACAUUGUCCAAACCAAGUGUUUCAUACUGAAGCCGGUGAAGGUCUGCACACAUCGUUCUUGGUGGGGCAAGUGCUUGGGACGGGGCGUCAUGAAACAAGCCUUCCUGAGGGAUAACCUGCCGUAUUAAAACGUACAUGAAUAUUGUUAUACAAAAUCUCAUUAACAGUCUUGUGUCAUUAUUAUUCAAAGUGCAUGAAGAUGGGUCUGCAAUUUGGUUUUUUGCAAUUUGUAAACUAAUACGACUACGUAGGCUUUUGGCAUUUUAAUUGCGCCAAUAGCAGUAUCAACCUCACAGGUUUAUAUAAAAAUC